AUGGCAACGCUGGGUGGUGCACACAAGAAACACAAGGUGACCGUCAUUGGUUCAGGCAAUUGGGGAUCUGUCAUUUCCAAGAUUGUCGCAGAGAAUACGGCAGCAAAUCCACAACUUUUUGAGCGUGACGUGCGCAUGUGGGUUUAUGAGGAGCAAGUCACGGUGCCGGAAAAAUCAAAAUAUUAUGACCCUUCAUCGCAGUUCUCGACCAAGCCUCACCCUCUCUCGCAGCUGAUCAAUCACUUCCACGAAAACGUCAAGUACCUCCCCGGAAUCGCGCUCCCCAAGAACCUCAUCGCGGUGCCCUCUCUCGAAGACGCCGUCAGGGACUCGACGAUUCUGAUCUUCAACCUUCCUCACCAAUUCAUCAACCGAAUCUGCAAUCAAUUGAAAGGCCAUAUCCUGCCAUUCGCCCGAGGAAUAUCCUGCAUCAAGGGAGUCGAUGUGACACGGGAUCGAGUGCGGCUCCACUCGGAAGUGAUUGGAUCAACUCUGGGCAUCUACUGCGGAGCCCUCUCUGGAGCGAAUAUUGCCUCUGAGAUUGCGGAGGAGAAAUGGUCCGAGACGACGGUUGCGUACGAUCCACCUCCCAAGGACUCCAAGGCUCCCACGCCAGUCCACACGACACAAGAAGGCGACGUGAUCCCCGAUGGUGUGGUUGAUCUGGCUGCAGUGGACGAGUCCAUUGAGACCAACACUCCGUACAAGCCGAGACUGGUCUCGUUGCCAUCGGAAUACCCGCCGUUGGACCACCGUUCGUUGAAGCUGCUCUUUCACCGCCCGUAUUUUCAUGUGCGUAUGGUAUCGGAUGUUGCAGGUGUCUCGCUGAGCGGAGCGUUGAAGAACGUUGUCGCUCUAGCAGCCGGUUUCGUCGACGGUAUGGGCUGGGGCGACAAUGCCAAGGCCGCCGUGAUGCGCGUUGGGCUGCUAGAGAUGGUGAAAUUUGGCCAGUACUAUUUCUCCGAGUCUGUGCGGCCAGCCACUUUUACCGAGGAAAGUGCUGGUGUGGCAGAUCUUAUCACCAGUUGCUCUGGCGGACGUAAUUUCCGUUGCGCAAAGUUGUCCAUUGAGCGCGGUGUCGCUCUAGAUGAAGUCGAGCGCACCGAGCUCAACGGUCAGAGCCUCCAGGGCAACUUGACCGCCAAGGAAGUUAAUGAGUUCUUGAAAGCCAAGGGUCAGGAGGAUGAGUUUCCCUUGCUUACCGCCGUCUAUCGCAUCCUUGAAGGCUCUGCGAAAGUCGAAGAUAUUCCACACCUGCUAGCGUAG